AUGUAUAUAUAUAUAUAUAUAUAUAUAUAUAUAUAUAUAUAUAUAUAUAUAUACAUAUAUUCAUUGCAGGGCGAUGAACAGCAGCAGCAGCAACAAAUCCCAAAAAUCAAACAACGCCGCAGCAGGACGAACUUCACGAUCGAACAGCUGAACGACCUCGAGAAGUUGUUCGACGAGACCCACUAUCCAGAUGCCUUCAUGAGGGAGGAGCUCAGUCAGAGGCUCGCACUCUCUGAAGCUAGGAUACAAGUGUGGUUUCAGAACAGAAGAGCAAAAUGUCGCAAGCAAGAGAGCCAGCUACAGAAAGGACCCGUAGUGACCAGUGCCCCAGCCCUCAUCAACAGCUGCAGACUCGCUCCUUACGUCAACAUACCUAGCGUCAGACAUCAGAACAGCGAGCAAAUGACCCAGCAACAUCAAUUGAGCCACCAACAACACCAAUUGAAUCCACAACAAUCAUCACACCUCCAUCUUCAAUCUUCCUUCCUUGCACCAGCACUCAACUUAACAACCAUGAGACAGGCCUCAUCGAGCAGUUCACCACUCGUCGAAACUUCGAUGUCCUCGUCAUCGGCAUCUGAACGAUCCGCCAUUGAUGAUGUGAGCACCUCCGUGGUGGGAAACAAAUCAUCCAGCAUUGCUGAUCUCAGACUGAAGGCGAAGAAAUUUACGGAAUCGAAUGGGAUGUGA